GUUGUUAUUGCUGGUUAAUAUCCAACCAACCAAAUCAAUUAAACCAAUUUUUUUCAAUUUGAUUUGACGUUUGUUUGACUGUUUAUUCUCAUUCGUCUUCUUCUUUUUCUUUGCUGAUCUUCAUCAUCAUACUUGCCAUUUAUUCAUUCAUUCAGACCACUGAAUCGAUCGAUUGACGUUUGACUUGUCUUUCUCUCUUUCACUGUCGUCUUAUGUUUUUUCUUCUAUUUUUAUUUCAUAAAAUAUUGAUUUUAAAUAGCAGCAUAUCAUACUAAGUGUAUUCGAAAAUGUUUUGGUCGGUAAAAUUGUCGCAAGGGCGUCAUAAUCAAAUAGGACAAUCGAUCAGUAGCGGAGUAGGAGGAGGUUUAUCACCACCAUCAACACGAGCUACUGGUCUAGGCGGUGGUGGUGGAAUAGGACAAAUAGCAGCGAUUGCUUCGGCUGCUUUAGCUUCAUCACCAUCAUCACCACCAAUUUCAUUGCGAACAAAUGAUUUUAUCAUUCAUAAUGCCAACAAUAUUGAUUCAGAUCCUGAUCUAAACGAUGAUAAUUCUGAACCAAUCGAUACAAUAAGUCAACGUUUUUUAGCACCGUUACAAAUCCAGCCGCCAAGAAAACGUUCAUUAGUACAGGCAUUAUUGAAUAGUGCAAAUCUUACCACACCAAGCGGUAAAGAUAAUCCUAAUUCAAAAAUGUUUAUGGAUUCUUCGGGUGGUGGUGGUCAAUCAUCAACCGGUUUAGCAGGUAUCCAUAAUUUUGAUCAUUCACUUGAUAUCGACAAUUAUGGUUUGCCAUAUUUUUUCGGUGAUCCAUUAGGUAUACAUGAUCCAUCGGAAGCUGAAUUAGGUGGUGUUGGUCAUGAAAUGAAUACUGGUCCAUUUGUAAAACGAUCUCGAAAAAUUUUACGUGGUUUGCUACUGAUGAUUAUUGUUUCAUUAUGUUGGGUUGCUGUUGUACAUUUAUUUCGUUUAAGUUUUCAUCGUGAACGUAUCCUUUAUACAAUUUCAGCUGGUCAUUUUAAUAUUUCAAAAUUAUUUUCAUCAUCAUCAUCUAAUCGACCAAAUUUAAAACAACCAAUUGAAUUGGAAAAUUUACUUCCAAAUAUCAAUAACAAAAAGAAUCCAAAUCUAAAUGAACCAACGACCAUGACUAAUAAUAACAAUUCAUUUGAAUCAUUGCCAUUACCAAUGGAAUUAAUAUCAAACAAGGGUUCGAAAAUCAAACAAAAAUUGCCAGCAUCAUCAACAUCGUUGAAUGAAUUUCCACGUUCAAAAUUUGAUGCACCAUAUUUGGUCACUUGGUAUUGUAGCAUAUGGAAUAUAUUCUAUAUGCCUAUCUAUCUAAUGAUACAUGCAUAUUUUUUGAGUCGUCGAUCAAAAGCAACAAGCAAUUCAAAUGAACAACAACAACAACAAUCAGGUUCAAAUUCCGGUGGUAGUAGUGCAGUCAGUAAUAAUCCAUUUGGUAGUAAUGUUAGUAAUAAUAAUAAAUCUGCUGGUUCAUCAAGUAUUUGUGGUACGACCGAUACAUCUACAUCAUCAUCUUCAAGUUCAACUUCGAUUAAAAAAGUUUUACUGUAAGUUUUUUUAUUGUUAAAUUUCUUAUCUAAUCUUUGAUCUCUAAUUAAAAGUGAAAGCAUUCAAGGAAUUGUUGAUCGUGGUUUUACAUUGAUGCAAUUUUUUUCAAGAUUAGCAUUUUUCUGUUCAUUAUGUAUUCUGGCAAAUUAUAUGCUAAUAUUUUCGCUACGUAUUCUUGAUGCUACCGUUGUAAUGGCAUUAUUCGCUUCAUCAGUAUCGUUGGUUUACCUUUUAUCUUGGGUUGUUUUACAUCAACAAUUUGUAGGAAUUCGGAUUGUCGGUAUCAUCGUUGUCGAUACUGGUGUCGCUUUAUUAGUUUAUAUGGAUGGGAUACAGAAUCAAACAUUGGCAACGGUUAUGAUUGCUUUUGGAUCGGCAAUUGUUUUUGCUGUUUAUAAAGUUUUUAUGCGCCGUAUGAUUGGUUAUACAACAUUUGCACAGAUGGCAUUAUUUCAUUCAUUAGUUGGCGCCCUAAAUAUGUUAUUAGCAUGGCCAUUAAUAUUGAUUCUUUAUGCAACCGGUGUUGAAAUCAUAAAAUGGUCUGAAAUACCAUGGUUAUUUAUGACUGGUGCAUCAGUAUGUGUCCUACUGGCUAAUCUUAUUUCAAGUUUUGGUGUUAUUUGUACAUAUGAAUUUUUUAUCACUUUAGGAAUGUUUUUUGCUAUUCCUAUUUCGGCUGUGAUAGAUAUCUAUAUAAAUUCGGUUAUAUUUCGUGAAAUGAAACUUGGUGGCGUUCUAUUAAUAUUGAUUGGAUUUUUAGUAGUAUUAUUACCGGAUAAUUGGAAUGGUUAUCUAACUGAUGCAUUUCGUAAUCGUUUAAAAAAAUGGAAACGACGUGAAGAAAAUAAAAAAAAUGGACGUGCUCAAGAUACAACUACUGGUCAAUUAUCACGUCUUCGUACAUCAAGCGGAAGAGUUAAAUGAACAUUGAUUUUUUAUUUUAGCUGAAAAAAUGGUGACCAACAACAUCAGAGGGACAAUGUGCCCUAUGGAAUGAUGAUCAAUCGAUGAUUUUCAGAAUUGGAAUUGGAAUCCAUGUGCUGCUGGCUGCAGAAAAAAUAAUGAUAAUGUUGAUGUUGUUAUGAAAUAAAGAUAAUACUUUGUUUUCAAAGGAAAAAA